AUUACUGAACAAUGCUAGUAACGACCUUUGCCUCCAAAACCACAUUGCCACCACAAAUUCCUUCCCCUUCUCCCCUUCCAGAACCCAAGAAUCUCCACAAUCCCCUUCAACCCUUUACCCGCAGGGACCUCUUAACCUCCCUUUCGUUCACUCUCCUUCCAUUCUUCACUUCUCCCCAGAUAAAUAAUCAUGAUAACUUUGACGCCUUUUCAGUACAAGUUUCACAGGCUCGUGGUCUUUUCCAAAUGCCCCCUUUUCGUCUUAGCAACAGGUACUUCUUAGUUAGAGCUGGGGAGUCAGAAUACGAGAGUUUGGGGAUAAUUAAUACGAACCCGGUUGCUAAAACGUCAGUGGAUAGUGGGUUAUCAAAGGAAGGGAAGAAGCAGACAGCUAAGGCUGCUUUAGCACUAAAAGCAAUGGGAGCUUGUGAAGCAAAUUGCUGGAUAUGGCCCUCUAUUACUCAAAGGGCUUAUCAGGCUGCUGAGAUUAUCGCUGCUGUUAAUGGAAUUAGUAGAAGCCAUAUAGUCCCGGAGUACAGCUUCUUGGAUGCUCGUGGACUGGGAGCAUAUGAAGGGAAGAACUUGGAUUCUAUAUCAGAAGUAUAUGCAUCAGAUAGUCUUUCUCCAAAUAUCAAGCCACCACCUAUUGAUGAUGGAACACCAAAUGAAAGUGUCUCAGACGUGUUUGUUCGUGUGACACAGCUCAUGUCAAUACUCGAAACACAAUACUCUGAGGACACAGUCAUUAUCGUUUCUCCAGAUUCUGACAACUUGACAAUCCUACAAGCUGGUUUAGUUGGGCUUGAUCUCCGAAGGCACAGGGAUCUUUCUUUUGGGCCAGGUGAAGUCAGAUUUGUUGACACUAGCAGCAUACCUACUUAUAAGCAGCCUGCAUCCGCUGUGUAUAAGUGCGUAAACCCUCCAAAUUGUUCUUGAAAGUUUAGCUUCAGACAUGCAUUAUUGUGAGAGCUGGUAGAGCUUUGAGAAAACGAUUGGAUUGUGUCAGUUAGACACUCGAGCAAGAAUCGUUCUCAUUGUACAUACCACUGCUUGCAAUUGCAAAUUGCUUUAGAAGAAGAUCACAAUAAUUUCUUGAAAUCGCCAAGUGGAACUUCAGUCAGGCAAUACAAUACUGGUUCAUUCCCCUCUUAA